CUGAUGGACGCCUAUAGUCGACUCUGAGAUUGCCUGAUGGUCCUUAGAAUAAUAACAAACAAACGAUACUCCCCAUUCCACCUCCUUCAUGGAUAAACGUUGUCUGUCUAAUUCUCCGACGUUUUAGACAAAAUCUGGAUGUCAUUUUAAUCCUAUAAUACGACCAUCUGAGCAAAUUCAAUUGGAUUCCGAGUAACUUAAGUUACACUGUUUCGUAAUCAGACCGUUGAGAAUCAAACGCUAGGUUAGCUCGCGAGCUAUUUCACUCGCACGUUUGGUAUUUAACGCUUCCAGUUUUUAUUCCAGAGGUCGUUUUUUAAACCUAAACAGUUUUGGAUUGUCUGGAAAGACAUUUUAAACAUUUAUUUAAGGGUGGCGCUGUUGAGUCAUGUCUGGGAUUGCUUUGAGUAGACUGUCACAGGAGCGCAAAGACUGGAGGAAAGAUCAUCCUUUUGGUUUUGUGGCAGUACCAACCAAAAACCCAGAUGGCACCAUGAAUCUCAUGAAUUGGGAAUGUGCAAUACCAGGGAAAAAGGGGACUCUUUGGGAAGGAGGACUGUACAAACUGAGAGUGCUCUUUAAGGAUGAUUACCCAUCUUCACCACCAAAGUGCAAGUUUGAGCCUCCAAUCUUUCAUCCAAACGUCUAUCCUUCAGGCACAGUGUGUCUGUCCAUACUGGAGGAAGAGAAGGACUGGAGACCAGCCAUCACCAUCAAACAAAUACUGUUGGGCAUCCAGGAGCUCCUGAAUGAGCCCAACAUUCAGGACCCAGCGCAGGCUGAGGCCUAUACGAUAUACUGUCAAAACAGGAUGGACUACGAAAAGCGUGUGAGGGCACAAGCUAAGAGAUUCGCUCCUGCAUAGAGCGGCGCGUGCACAAUCUUAUAAAGAAAUUCUGCACAGAUGACCCAGAAUCCUUCACCACCAAAUGGAAACCCCCCAAAAUGCAUUUGAAAUUUGUAAAGAUUUAGAAGAUUGUAAGGAUAAAGAUUUGUUCAAGCUGGCUUCAGCACAGAACUGAAUGGGAGCAAAACAAUUCUGAGGUGAAAACAAGUUAAUGUUUGGUGCUGAUCACUGACCAGUGUUUUAUAUGAUGGUGAUUUGUGAAAUCUUGUUUUGUUCAGGUGUUCUUUUUUUCUGAUGAGGAAAAUGGUCAGUGAUCAGUCGCUAAGAAACAACUUUUACACAGAGCAGAGAUGGUAAAGGUUUCUGUGUAUAUAUAUAAAUAUAUAAAAUUAUUUACUUUUAUUUACUUUUUUUACCGCUUCAUUAUACUAAUUAAAAUAAGUGUGGCUAUAAUAUAUGUAAUGAGUUUGAAAUAAAAAAGAUCAAGUCGUUGUUAAAA